UUGCCCACGGCGUAGAAUUGCCCCAGCAUCUUCUCAUAGGGAGUAGCCGUGUGUGGAGGAAAAUGCAUUGAAAAGAUGUCUUUGCAAUUUUUCCGUGCGCGUUUCCAAUUGCAAUGAAGAAAAGGGAUUGCGACAGGGCGGAUUUCUCUCGUGUGCCGCACCGGAAUACGGGCCUUUAUUUUCAGAGAUAUGCGGAGUAUUUUUCGCUGUAGGUGUUAACGCAGAACAAAAUACAACAUGAAGAAGCAAUUCAAUCGAAUGCGACAGCUUGCCAACCAGACGGUAGGCAGGGCGGAAAAAACAGAAGUUCUCAGCGAGGACCUUUUGCAGGUGGAGAAGCGUCUGGACCUGGUAAAGCAGGUGUCCCACAGCACCCAUAAGAAGCUGACCGCCUGCCUGCAGGGCCAGCAGGGGGCCGAUGGGGAGAAGAAGUCCGUCAAGUCCCCCGCGAAAAAGCUUCCUCUGACCACCCUGGCUCAGUGUAUGGUUGAGGGGGCCGCUGUGUUAGGGGACGACUCCCUGCUGGGUAAGAUGCUGAAGAUGUGUGGUGACACGGAAGAGAAGUUGGCCCAGGAGCUGAUCCUGUUUGAGCUGGAGAUCGAGAGAGACGUGGUGGAUCCACUAUACGCACUCGCAGAGGUUGAAAUCCCCAACAUCCAGAAACAGAGGAAGCACUUAGCCAAGCUGGUCCUGGACAUGGACUCUGCUCGAACACGGUGGCAGCAGUCGUCCAAGUCCUCCAGUCACCCCAGCAGCCAGCCGCCAGGCGGGGGCGGGGCCAAGUCUGAAUCCCUCCGAGAGGAGAUGGAGGAGACGGCCAACCGCAUGGAGAUCUGCAGGGAUCAGCUAUCCGCAGACAUGUACAGCUUUGUGGCCAAAGAAAUAGACUAUGCAAACUACUUCCAGGCGCUCAUAGAGGUUCAGUCAGAGUACCACCGGAAGUCCCUUGAGAUCCUACAGAGUAUUCUGCCCCAGAUCAAAGCCCACCAAGAGGCCUGGAUAGAGAAGCCGUCGUAUGGCAAGCCUCUGGAGGAGCACCUGACGCUGAGCGGGAGAGAGAUCGCCUUCCCCAUUGAGGCCUGCGUCACCAUGCUGCUGGAGUGUGGCAUGCAGGAGGAGGGUUUGUUUCGAGUGGCUCCUUCUGCAUCCAAGCUCAAGAAACUGAAGGCGUCUCUAGACUGCGGAGUGGUGGACGUGCCCGAGUAUUCAGCUGAUCCCCACGCCAUAGCAGGGGCUCUGAAAUCAUAUCUGCGUGAACUACCUGAACCCCUGAUGACCUCUGAACUCUAUGAGGAAUGGAUCCAGGCCUCCAACAUUCAGGACGUGGACCAGCGGCUGCAGGCCCUGCUGACCGCCUGCGAGAAACUCCCUCAAGACAACUUGAACAACUUCAGAUACUUAAUUAAAUUUCUUUCAAAACUCACGGAGGACCAGGACCUCAACAAAAUGACACCGGGUAAUAUUGCAAUAGUGCUCGGGCCCAAUCUGUUAUGGACCACCUCUGAAGGGAACAUGACUGAGAUGAUGACCACAGUGUCACUACAGAUUGUCAGCAUCGUUGAGCCCAUCAUCCAACACGCUGAUUGGUUCUUCCCCGGAGAGAUCGAGUUCAACCUGACGGGCUGCUACGGGAGCCCCAUCCACACCAACCACAACUCCAACUACAGCUCAAUGCCCUCUCCCGACAUGGACCAGGCCGAGCGCAAGCAGCCGCACGACCAGGGCCGACGCCCACUCAGCGUCGCCACCGACAACAUGAUGCUUGAGUUCUACAAGAAGGAUGGCAUGGGGGUGAGGGUGAUGGACACGUCCUGGGUGCGAGGCAAAGGUUCGUCCACCCUGGCACGCAAGGCCUCGUCCACACCCCCGUCCAUGCACGUUCCCGGCCUACCCGGCGACUCGCUGAUCCCCGAGCAGCCUGGCGAGCUGGCCUCCUCGCCCUCGCCCACCCCUCCACCUGGAGACCGGGGCAGCACUCUGAAGAGUAAGGAGCUCUCGCCGGUGACCGGCCACAAGCCCAUCCAAGUACCAACGCCCACAGUGCCCCCUCCUGGCGGUCAGCAGAGCAGCAGCCAGUCGCCACAUUCAGCAGAGCACAGCCCCCACACACUGCGCAAAGCCUCUAAGAAGCUGGCCCCCGUGCCCCCCAAGGUCCCGUAUGGAGGCUCCGGCUGCGGCAGUGGCGGGAUGUCCGACCAGUCCACGGGCCAACCGUCCCCGGUCAGCCUGUCCCCGACGCCCCCCAGCACCCCGUCCCCCUACGGCCUCGUCUGCGCGCCAGGCCAGCUGCCAGCCUCUUCGCCCAUCCAGAUGCCCAUGGGCUCGGCCACGCCCUCCCACCACGCCCUCCUCUCCUCGCCGCCCUCGCACACCGGCACGCUCACCAAGUCGCGGCCCACGCCCAAGCCUCGGCAGAGGCCCAGCCUGCCCCCGCCACAGCCCCCCACCGUGCCCGGCAGCCUGCCCACGGGAGAGACCCCGCCACCGGACCAGGGCAUGCUGGACGGCAUGUCCCCUGGAGAGAGCAUGUCCACAGGUAAACACCACAUCGGUGGCGCUGGCGGUGGUGGUGGUGCCGGUGGCAGUGGUGCACCGCCUGUGCCUGUGCCUAUGCCUAUGCCAGUUCCAGUUCCAGUGCCCAUGCCUCGUGUGGGGGCCCCACGUUCCUCACUCAAACUCUCCGUCUCACCCACCUACUCAGAGGAUGGACUCUGAGGAAGGGGGGGUGGGGGGGGGGGGUCCUCGUAAGAAGGAGCCUGUUUGUCUAUUUUGUCUAGUUCGUCUAGUUUGUCUUUGUUUGUUGGUUUGCUUUGUUUGAAAAAAAAGGAAAAUAUUCUGGGUGCCUUUCUUAGGGAAGAACAAGCACGCUCUUUUGGGUGCCUGUAGCAGUGACUUAAUAUUAUUCAGCAGAAAAAAAUGGAAAUGUCUCCUGGCGUAUCAUCAGGAUGAUAUAGCUUUUAGAGAAAAGGGAACAUACAGUAUACUGACUGUACAUGAAAAUUAUAUAUAAACAAUAUACACCAUGAAGCUGACUGUUGCCUGUAUGGAAAUCACCUGUCAAGACUUGAUACCUGUUUGUGUCAGUUAAUUUAUUUUCAUCUCCGCAAGUCAUAGACUUCACAUCCAAUGUCUUCCCAUCGCUGUUGAAGACUUGCCUAAGGCCUUUAACACAGGCAGCACAGGGCACAGUACUGUACACCCCAUAUCACAACACCGACCAUUCUCCCACCAGACCCUGUGUCUCUCUCAACGAUGUGAAACUAUGACCUGCUGCCUUGAGAAAGAACAAGAGAGUCAACUCUUCUCCUCUCUCAUUGAUUUAUAACUGUUUUGUCCUCCUCCUCCCCCCUUACUCCCUCCUCUCCUCUCCUCUCCUCUCCUCUCCUCUCCCUUCCCCUCCUCCCUGCUACCAUUGUGUACCUUGCAGCUGUGUGAAGCCAGGGACUAAGUGUGAUGCUAAGUGUGAGGGGGACAUUUGGGGUAAGCUGGUCCUGCUGCGCCGUGCGUGCCCGAGCCCCAUUUCAGCCUCACCCACCCCCCCAUACCGCAUUUGGCUUUGGCCUGGGGGCCACCACCAUGCUGGUCCGUUUCUGGGGACUCUUUGCUUUCGCUCGAUCUCUUUUCGCGCUGUCUCUCUUUUGCUCUCUUUUUUCUCUUACGUGUUGUCUUUUUGGUUCUUUUGCUGGUUUUUGCCUUUCUCUUCUUUCUUUUGCUUUGUCUUUUGUUCACACAUUCUCUCUCUCUUUCUACAGUAUGUCUGUAUUCUGCUUUUUCUCAUUCUUUCUCGAGUCAGUCUUUCUCUUUUUCUCAACCUCUCUUCUGCUCUCUGAACAGACAUUCUUUUUAUUUUAUUUCAGGAGGCGCAAAUCAUUUCACAUAACCCCUCUGCUUUCUUCCUCUCUCCAGCCCCUUUCCUCCCUCUGUGUUCGUGGGUCGCUCUGGCUAUAAAGCUUUCAUUUGCCAUGUCAGUGUUGCUACCAUUGCUAACUUGUGUGCUGUGUCAGUCUGUUGUGUGUAUGGAUGGAGUUGGACCCAGGGGUUGUGCAUGGCUGACAAACUAGCCUUCCCAGCGGCCAUUGCUCAAGCGCCCAAAACAUGACUGUGUUGCUGCUCCAUCUUAUACUAAUUCUCAUCUGCUCCUGUAGUCCGCUUUGCUCACCGUAUUUAUCUUCCCUCUCAAAGCUAACAAGUCAAAUAUGACAAACCCACCUAUAACACAUCUCUCCAUUGGCCCUAGAUGUGCUGGCAUCCAAAACCUAUCAUUUGCGAACCAUGUCAUCUUCCUUGAGUUCUCUCUUUCUUUCUCUCUCUCUUUCUCUCUCUCUCUCGCUCUCUCUCUCGCUCACUCGCUCUCUGCUUCUCUCCUGUUGUUUUCUAGUCUGUUUCACCUACUCUACUCUUCUAUUUUUUUCCCUUCUCGCUUGCCCCUUUUUUCUCUUUCUGUUUUUGCCUCUUCACACACCAUGCUUCCUUACUUUUUUUUUCGCACCCUCCCUCCUUCUCUCUUCCCCGCGCUUCCUCUUUUCUCCCUCCUGAGCCUGACAGUCCGUUCUGCUCCAUCCCAUUCUGACAAAAAAAAAGGGAUGACAUCACCCUCAUCCCAGAGCGCAGACGCAGUGCAUCAGACAGCUGCAAAGCAAAUGUUUAAUUUUUUUCGUAAUCAUCAUCAUCAUCUGUAAUCAUUAUUUAUUAUUUCCAUUAUGACUAUUGCCAUUUUUUUUCCUCUCCUCUUCGUUCUGUUCCAUUUCAUUUCAUUCCAUAUCCUUGGCAUUCCGUUGGGGCCCCGCCCCUGUCACUCUACUACGCUUCCACCCAACGCACACUCAUCCAUCCAUCCCGUGUUGCUGCUGUGUUGUUGGUGGUGUUGUUUUGGUUGCUGUGGUAAAAUGUGACGUGUUAUUUGUGUGUCAUCUGUGUAUAGCUCACCUGUUGUUACCAACACCCCGAUUCAAAUACCUUAUACUCAAGGACCUUAUUUCACAUCCAUGCAAAGCAAUGUGUUGAAUGACUAGAGAUUUUGUCUGUGCUUUUUAAACAGUGUUACAAGAACAUUGUCGAAUAGCCCCAUAAUUGCACUUAAAAUAGCACUUAAUCUUUAGAAUGUUAAAUUAAAUGUAAUGCCGUUCCUUUGAUCACUUUGGAAGAGUUUCUCUGUGGUAGACUCCCUGUUUUUGAAUACGGGGGAGACAACAAUGUACAUACUUACCAGCUGCUUUCUUUCUGACUAAAAUAUCGAAGAAACAGACCAUACUAAUGCUGCUAAUAGAUAACACGUUGCUAACUGAAUGCUGUGCCUGCAAGGUGAGGAACUGAACUUUGACUUUGCCUUCCCUGUCUCCUCUCUCAUGUCAUUCACACUCAUGACCCAUUCAAACCACCAUUGAAACAACCUGUGUCCUCCUUCCUCCCUGAACUUCACUACUCACUCUUUGCCAUCCUCACCGUGUGCCCUUGUCCUGUCACCAUCUUGCGCUUCUAUCGUCUUCUUCUUCUUCUUCUUCUUCUUCUUCUUCUUCUUCUUCUUCUUCUUCUUCUUCUUCUUCUUCUUCUCAUGUCGUCUUCUUGUCCUUUCUUCGUCCACUUCAUCACCAUUGCCAUCCAACAGCAGACUUCUUCAGUUUGGAAAUCCCCUCCAUCAAUGUCAACCUGGACAGCAUCCUGGACGAGUUCAGGGUGACCCCCUGCCGUG